CAGAUUACAGAAUACCCAAACCAAACUAGAAACUAGAAACAAAAAGUUGAAUUUGGUUUUUGGUUGGUUUUGGUGAGAGUGAUGUAACAAGGACAGAGGUUUCGCCGAAAAUUAAGUUCUAAAUUUCGAUUGUUAUAUAGGCCUAAAUUUACGAAUUUUCGUUUCUAUUGAUAAUGAGUUCUUCUUUGUGUCGAUUUUGCAAGAUACUGAGCAAUUUCCCAAAGGUUAACAAAGGCAUAGUUGGAAGUAUAAGCAGACCUUGCCUCUCCAAACCUACAGUUCACUAUAGAUUUUAUGCAGAUGCAUCUCUUCCUCCUAAAUUACCAAAGAAAGAAGCUAAACGAGGAGGACCAAUCACAUGGAAAUCACUGACAAUUACAUCCAUCAUUGGUACCAGUCUUCUGGUGUUUAUGUUAUAUUUGAAAGCAGAAAAAGAUAAGGCGGCAGAAAGAGAACGUAAAAGGAUGAUUGGAAAAACAGCGAUUGGAGGCAGAUUUGACUUGGUUACACAUGAAAAUAAACCAGUGAAAAGUGAAGAUUUCGCAGGGAAAUGGCUGCUGAUUUAUUUUGGAUUCACUCAUUGUCCUGAUGUUUGUCCAGAAGAAAUGGAGAAACUGGCAGAAGCAGUCAAUAUUUUAGACAAGCAGGAAGAGCCAGUGGAUGUUGUGCCGCUGUUUGUGACGGUGGACCCGGCACGAGACACGGUGGAUGUGAUCAGCAAGUACAUCAAGGAGUUCUCUCCUCGUUUUGUGGGUCUAACAGGGUCACCCAAGCAGAUAGACGAGGUCACCCACGCCUACAGGGUGUACUACAGCGCUGGGCCUCAGGAUGCCGACCAGGACUACAUAGUUGACCACACAAUAAUAGUUUACUUGGUUGAUCCAAACGGGGAAUUUGUCGACUACUACGGACAGAACCGAAGUGCGCAAGAUAUUGCAAAUAGUGUCUUAGUGAAUAAGUUGAAGUUCGACGAUCUCAACGGGAAGUCUUGGUUUGCUAAUCCCUUUGGUGAAAAGAGUAAACUGACUUCGUAGAGAUAACGCUCACAAAGUUAGUAAUUGUCUUAGAUCACUGUGUAAAACAAUGAAUUGUUCAAAAUCAUAAACUACUCAGCUUUAGGCUAUUUUAAGUUUACAAAGAUAAUUUUUAACUGAAUAAGUAGUAAAAAAAUAAGUUGAUCGUCUCAAAAUUUUCCUAUAUUAUUGUAUUAUUUUGAAAGGCUCCAUUCUGCUAGAAUAUCUAGUACCCAACAUCUCUCAAUUUUGUUUAGAAAAAAAAAAUAAAAAGCAAUCUAGUGUUGUUAGUGCACAUAGAGUUAAAGUGGUUUAACUUCGUUUUUCCCAGCAUAUAGAUUAUAACAUUUUAUUUUAAUUAAAAAGAUUUUGUUAUGUAAUUUUGAGGAUAAACUUAACCCUACCAGCCUAACAUAAUCUCUUUUGUAAUUAUCGACAAUAAAUAUAUUUUGUUGUUAUAAUUCAUAUACAUUUAGUGUAGCCUAUAUUAAUUUAACUGGAUGAUUCUAUUAGUUACUAAAACUGAUAAUCAUUGACAGUACUGCGCCAUUAGACUUUUACCCCCGACAUCAUUUCAAACAAAUUGUUACAGUAUUGUACACCCCCUUUUUCUAUUCUUAUUUAUUAAACUAAAUGAAAUAUUUAUUUUAAUGUUUGCAAGGUUGUGCAUUUAAAACCUUUUAAUUAAUCCAGCCAGCAGCUUAGUAAGUAAGGUAGCAUGUUGCUUAUGUGUUUGUAAAUUUGUAAAUAAAACUACACUUUGUGAAAAAA